CAUAAGGUAGGACCCACGGUAUGGAUAACGUGGACGGUCAUGGUGAAGAGAAAGUCUGGGGUAUCACCGGGAUACCACGUCAGCGCUACCAUAUUCUUCUCUUCACAGCAUCUGUAGAGACUCAGUGGUCAUAACUAUUGCAAUUUGAAAUUGCAAUUGCCAAGUUUCUUGGUGAAACUAACUAUUUUCUCUUGCUUGGGUAUAGCUAUUUUCAAUUAAUAAUUUGCAAUUGCUAAGUUUUGCUUGUGCGAUUUGUGGAUGUAUGCUUUUUGGUUAAUUUGGUUGAUUUAGUUGAAGGAAGAAUAGUUAGGAUUAGUUAUAAGAAAUUAAACAUUUUUCAUACCCACCAACUGUUUGAUGUAUUUCCUAAGUUAAGAUUACCUACAGGGGGACAAUAUUUAACCAAGCUUGAGGAAUAUUUUGUUCUUUUUCACAAAGUUUUGAUGUUUUUUUAUGGAUUUCCUGACUUAUAGCAUCAACAGGACAUUCUUUGUUAGCUGGGAUAACUCUAUUUGUUGAUCCUUUAUUGAGUCUUAAUAUCAUCUUGAUUGGAUAUAGGUUUGGCGUGCCUUUUCUAUGCCAUUGGUGAUAAUAUGUAACUUGCAUCCAUAGCAUUAGAAGAUGAAAUUCUUGCCUUUUCUUGUCAAUUUUUUUAGUUUGUUUGCUAUGCAGGUCAUUGAUUUUUGGUUAGCUGGGCAACCUAUAAACCUUCAAACCAAUGACAUAUAGAUUGAGAAUGGGACUAAGAUGUAAAGUUCAAAAAAGUUGGCUUUUCAUUAUCUAGGAAACCUCAUUCAAGGAGUUAGCCAUGGCACAUUGACAACUGAAGAAAAACAAAACAGGAACAUCAAGAUUCAAGAAUUGCUUUGUUUUUUCUUUUCUUUUCUUUUUUAUCAAAAAAAAUUGUCUUGUAUCAUUUUCACAAGAAAAUUUUCUUGUUUUU